AUGGCGCUCGCACUCGCCUCCCUGCCGAUGCUUGAUAUUUCCAAGUCUGGAGGAAAGAUCUCGCGGAGAUCUGCCAGAGGCCCCUUCCUUUCCCGUCAUCCACGUUCGAGCUUCUCUGAUGACUACUUUUCUUGGCCCCUGCCCGGCGUCUCCAUCGUCGGCAGUGCUGGAAGAGGCGCAGUGGUACGUAGCGCAGUGACGGAAGAGCAAACGCCGUCGUCGAUGAGAGACGACGAGAAGAUGCCGUAUGAUUCUCCUCCUCCAUCCAAGGACGUCCUUGUCGUUGGAGCCAGUGGUGGUGUGGGUAUGUUUUACGUGCUUCUUUAGGUAUUCGUUUGUCUGCAUUUCCUUAACUAUAGCUCAUUACCAUUCCCAUUAUAAUCAUAACCUUGUCACUGAUUUUUUUUUCUCAUAUUUAAUCAAAUUAAAAUAUUUUUUUCUCGCGGGAAGGCGAUCAUUCCGGAAGUUCCCUCAAGCUACAGUGUUAGGACUACUGUGAUGUCUCUUUCUAUUCAGCUUUUGACAACCCGUGGUUUGGAAAAUUGUGGUGAAUUCGAUUUAUUUGGGCUUGUGAGGUUUUCCAUGGUUUUAUUGAAAAUGUUUUUGCAUGAUUUUGUGAUGAACAUAAGAUUUAGAGACCGUGCAUCAAUGCGUCAGUAACAAAGAUGAUUGCGUUGAAGAUUUACAAACUGUAAACUAUGAUUUAUUAGUCUGGUGCGUGGAUUGCAGCUUAAUGUUUCCGAUAUGUUACAUAUUUUCAAAGUUGUUCCCCGUGUAUGAGUUUUUUUAUGUAUGUCCUGGCAGAUAGCCUCUCAAAUGCCUAUCAUCACUUUUCUUUUAUUUUUUUCGAUAGCGAAGUUAAGUAAACGCGCCACAUUGAAAUUCAAAAACAAAUGUGUCUCCACGUCCAAUCACCAUUUAUGAAAAUAAAAUUAUGAAUUAUAUGGAUAGUGUGUGGAGGAAAACAAGUCUUGACUGUUGGUGACUUCCAGAUAAACGUUUUGAGAAUGGAAUUCUAUCAUCAAUCUAUCUUUUUUAAGUCCUAUACAAACCUGGUAUUUUUAUCUAUGAGUAAUGGUAUUGACGAUGUGAUGGAUUUCAUGCCUAUUCCUUUGCUGAUCGGAUGAUAUAGGAUCAUAACAGAAUGCUAGAAGAAUCGAUGAAAAUGGUCUUGCAAAAAUUAAAUGAUAGUGAUUAGUAAACCUUAAGAACAUAGAUAUACUAUCAAGGUUUUUCCAUUGGCUACAAAGGCAACAUCAGCAAAAGAAAAUAGUGUAAUACAGUUGAGAUGGAUUUUGAGAAAGCCUAUCAUAGAAUUGAUUUCUAAUCUUAUGGCAUGUAUCUUAGAGUGCAGAACCUUAAAUUUCCAGCAUAGCUUUGUCAAUUUGAAAAGUCAGGAUCAAGAAAUUUUAGGAAAUAUUAGAAGGCCGGAAUAGUAAUGUCAUCUCUGGCUGGUACUGUCGGAUUUUCAGCAAUAGUGUUGUUUGAACAAUAUCUCUCUCCCUGUCCUGAGUCGUAUUAUAGAAGAAAGAUUGAUGCUGUAGGAAGCCUUAAAGUGUGCUUUCAGUCUGCUAUACUUGAGCUGACCUAUUAAAUAGUAAAUAGGAAAAGUUUUUUAACAUUCGUUUUUGUGAUUCUUUUCAAAAAAGAAUAAAUUUGAUUAUUCAAGAAGAAUGAACCAAUGCAAUUCAUGAGAUAGCAAGCACAGCUUCUUUCAAUGACAUAGCUAGCGACCUGUAAUUAGCAGAACUUAUUUUUUCGAAGUAAUGACAUGCUUGAUUUUUUUUCUAUGUAAUUAAUGGUCAUUUAGAAAGUUAUGUUUUGUGAAGUUACUUCCCAAAAUAAACUCAUAUCUUUUGAGUGACCUAAUAAAAAAAAAGAACAUGUGAAUGUCACCAGGUAAAAGAACAGUGGACCGUACGGAUUGAUGAUAGUUUCCUACCUGAAUAAACAAUCUCUUCAGUAUAUUUGUCAAAGAUCUAGAACAAGGAAAAUAAGCCUUACUAUCAAAGUGUAUAAUUUGAAGUUAUUUUCCCCAGGAUAUAUCAGAUAAAUGAUCUGAAAAAUACAUGAACAUGCUAAGGCCACUAAGUACGAAAACAGUGGGUCCUGUAAAGAAAUGGAACUCUCCAACAAGUGCAAGGUGGAUUUGGGUUUGUAAGCUCCAUAUAACAUGGAGAGACUACCAUCACUCUGUUUUAUCCCACGUCUGUUAUCAAAGUUCAGAUUUUUAACAUUGGUUACACGUGGUUCCACAUAUGUUUGUUGAUUUGUGUCUCUUCCAUAUCUAUGUUGAACCAGGUGAAUAAGAUUUGGCGUGUGUCAGUCCCAUAAGUGUUGGUAGAGGGAAAUGGAACACCAAGGAAUACAUGGGCCUCACCUUUAAAUUAAUCAAUUUCAUUGCUAAAAGCUGACAUGUCCUAGUGCCUGAUUUAAGGUGAUCAACUUUCAUAUCUUUCAGGGCAGCUGGUGGUAGCAUCCUUGCUUAAAAGAAACAUUAAAUCACGCCUCCUUGUACGAGAUCCUGAGAAGGCAGCAUUAUUAUUUGGAAGACAAGAUGAGGACAAUUUUAAGGUACAGAAAUGCGUGCAGGUGUCAUCAGUUAUUUCUGGUCCUAUCCUUUUUCUUUGUACACUUAAAGUUUAUCUGGUAAUUUUCUAUUCGAUUAUGCCAAGCAACAGAUCUGCAAAGGGGAUACAAGGAACCCACUUGACAUGGAUCCUGUCAUGUUUGAGGUCAGCCUUUGACGUGGAUCUGCCAGAAGGCCAAGAUUUGCGUAUCAUUUAUGUGAUUUUUAGUGCCCAUUCAAAUCAAAAUGUAGGACUUUUGUUUCUAGGGAGUUACGCAUGUAAUUUGCUGCACUGGUACGACAGCUUUUCCUUCAAGGCGCUGGGAUGGUGAUAAUUCACCGGAAAAAGUAGGUAUGAUUUACUUCUAAUUUCUAUUUAUUCAAUAUUUUCCUAAGAUGCCUAGGUUUCACAACAAUGAAUCUUCAUAAAAGUAAUCAAGAUUUUAAAAAUUCAGAGGUUCAUACUAAAGCACCUUCUCUUUUCUACGAAAAUAAAGGGUUUUAUUCGAGUUCGGAGAAGAUCCCCUGCUAUUGCUAUAGAAUCUUAUAUCAACACCUUAGAUGAGAUCUGUCAAGAUUGGUCUCAUAACACUAUUAUUCUUUGAGGUUUCUCUUGCAAUUUCAAGUUGAAUCAGUGCAUCAUACCUUUUUAUACAUUCCAGCAGUCAUAUGUUUAGCUUCAUAACUGCAGAUUCACCAAGUCACAUCCAACUCAUUUUGUAUUUUCUCUCGUAUCCAUAUGAAGAUCCACAAAAUUUUUCAUCCUAUUUCAAGCUUGACAUCAGAUAUAUAUUAACUAAUGCGAAUUUCCCUGUCCAGAAAUUAUCUGACUGACAGACUCCAACCAGCUAGUCAGGGAAGUCUGUUUCCUUACAGGUUUUCUCUAAUUCUUUUCAUUCUCCUACCUUCCCUUUAUCUCUCCAUUCCUUGUUCUCAAUCUCAGUGUCAGACAAAUUAAUCAUUUUUUUCUCCUUUUUAUUUUUUCUUCUUCUUCUUUUCCCAUUAUCUUUUCCCCAUUUAAUUGUCAUGAGGUACACAUAGCUUGGAACUGGGGUGUUACAUCACGUUCAUUUCACCCUUUCCUUUCACUAUCACACUUCUUAUUCAUCACAAUUUGGGCUCGGAUGUGCCCAGAUUUCAGUCAUCAAUGUUGGGCCAUUAGGCUUUCCUCUUCCUGUUCCUUCCGGGGUUUUUUCUUCUCUCUUCCCUUUAUUUGUUUUUCCUUCUCUUCGGUUGAAGAACAAGUGGGGUAAAAAGUUAGGGGAUUUCUCACAUUCUUUUUUACACAUAGAAUCAGCUCAAAGCAUUAAAAACUGCUUGUACAAAAUUAUAAUUUAAUGAAACCCUCAGUUUGGUAUCAUCUCAAAGGGCUUUGAUCUAUAUAACUCAUUAACUCAAGGUCCAAAUCAGUUUCAAUAUUCAUUUUUAGCAGAAGAGUAUCUUGAUUGGGAUUCAGUGAAACAUUGCGAACACUUUAAGAUGCAUUAGAUUAAAUGUUUGGUCGUAAAAUUUUCUGUCAUUUACAUCUUUAAUGCACGUUCCAUCAUAAUCAACAUCCAUCCCUUUUAAAGUAAGAUAUUUUUAGGUUUGCAUAUUCCAUGACUUUCAUACCAGGUGAAAAUCCAUAAAAUGAGCCAAAAAUUACAUAUAACUGCUUUCCUUUGUUUUCUUUUGAAGACUGGGAGGGAGUUCGGAACCUAGUGUUGGCAUUGCCUCAAAAAAUACAGAGAUUAGUCCUUGUGUCAUCUGUUGGUGUCACAAAAUUCAAUGAAAUGCCUUGGAGGUAUGUGAGUUCUAUUUUGAAGUCUUUAGGCUUUAUGAUUAGGUGUUAAUGUAGUCUUAUUUUAUGAUGACUUUUGAUGUAUAGGAUGCAACAUAAAUUCUAAGUGAAGAGUGUCACUAGAAAUCAAAGUUCAUAUAUCUUAUUCUAUAACUAUAUGACCGGCUUGUACUAGGCUGACCUUUGGCUUCUGGGCCUUUUUAGUAUCCAAGCCUGGUUAAAAUCACGCCACUUCAGUGGGUCUGCAGCUGUUAAAGCUUGUAAUUUCUUGUCAUUAUAGUGAACGCUGCUGAGUAAUCCAUCAUUCUAGAAAAGCAGAAAUGACAAUCUUCAGAUCCUGUUUAACUUUUAUGACUUAAAAUUUAUGUUUUUAGAAAAUGUUGCAGGCAAGAAUGAUAUGGUCUGCUUACCAAAGUUCAAAUUUAAUGUAUUUCGACCAAACUAACGUCAUUAAAUGGAAGGUAAUAUCCUUCUUACGAGAGUGUUUAAUCUCUAUGUAUAAAUAAUUACACUCAGUUUGUAAUAACCGUUACAAUCACUUGGACUGCAUUGGUAUGAUAUUGCUGCAAAGUUUCUUCCAGAUACUGAAAUUCGUACCCAUAAAAAAUUUAUCUUGAUCAUCCUCAGGUGACAAAAAAAAAUAAUUGGAUUUUUUUUAGGUACAGAAAUGAACACGAAUGGUGACACCUUCAAAAUAUUAUUGUUGGAGAAAACGAUUGAGAAAGUCGGACCAUAUUACUUAAGAAAAUGAGAAUCAAAAGAGACGGUGCCCAACAUAGUCACCAAGAUGGAAAGAUGAUUACAUACAACGAAAGUCUAAACCACAGUAUAAUAUCAUCAGGUUGUAUCCACAGAUGUGGCUCUUGAGAGGUUAAUGUUUGUUUUUUGAUAAGAGAUGACCAUUAAUAUUAAACGUUUUAUGUUACCGAGAACUGCAAACUACUAAAGAGAUCCUAUUAUCAAUAGAUGCAGUCCGGUAGUAUCGGCAGUUGUUUGUCCUUUUAAGUAAGAGAGCCAUUCUACUCGACAUUUAACUGUAUUUCAUGGCUUAGUGGCAACUAAAGCAGAACCUAAUCUGGUAUUGAUUAACUGCUGGCAGAUGUGCUACAUAAUUGUAUAACACUCAUUAUGAAUAUUAUCUAAAAAAUAUUGAUAUUCUUGUUGUGAGUGGUUUGACUCUCUAAAUAUGACACCGAAUGACCGACCAGAGAAACUCUAAGGAUGAACCUGAGGUGCAAGAAACCUUUCUGGAUGAUAUGUGGCAUUGGUCGAGCAGAUGGGAUAAAUGAUUUUUUCAUGAUGAGUUAAUAAGAAACUGUUUUAUUUAACUUAUGUCUUGUGUUGUGUUAUGAUUUAGGAGAAAUUUUUAUUACAGUUUAAUCUGAGGUGCUUGAGCAUGCCAAUUGAGAGAUCAUGGCAGCAAUUUUCUUGGAAUGGUAGCUUCCAACUUGUUUUGUUGGAGAGUGUUGAAUUUCCUCUAGUUCGUUCGUUUCUUGAAGAAUGACAGAUCUUCUCGUGGAAGAAAAAAAAGGGCUUCUAUUCACCACACAUCAGGAAAAAGAAUUUAAGAAGACACUUUACAUCAAAACAGGGGUCUGUUAUUUAUAAUAGAUCCAUAGGAGAAGGUUCUAGACAUAGAGCCUUACAUCCCGAGACAUACAACAGAUGUUCACAUGCUUCUUUAAGUGAAGCACGUGAUACACCUCACCCAACUACUAAUGCAAUAUUUAUAUUAUAUUUCAACACUCCUCCUCAAGUUGGUGAGUGGAUAUCAUCCAUUCCCAACUUGGAGCGCACUUGUUGUAGUUGAGUCGCAGAAACACCUUUUGUUAGCAAAUCAGCUAGUUGAUGUUGAGUGGAGAUGUAGGGAAUACAGAUUUCUUUAGAUUCCAAGUUUUCCUUGAUAAGGUGACGGUCUAUCUCCACAUGCUUUGUGCGAUCAUGUUGAAUGGGAUUAUGCACAAGAUUAAUUGUAGAUUUAUUGUCACAGUAGAGCUUCAUAGGACCUGAAAUGGGAAUCUUUAGGUCAGUGAGUAAAAUCUUCACCCAAAGUAGUUCAUAUAUUCCAUGCGUAAGUGCCUUGAAUUCUGCUUCUACACUUGAACGAGCAGCCACAUUCUGUUUCUUGUUGUGCCAAGUAACCAAAUUUCCUCCCAUAAACAUCAUAAGACCUGAGGUUGACCGACGAUCUAAAAGAGAACCAGCAUAGUUAGCAUCAACAUACAUCUCAAUUGUUACUUUAUCACCACGUUUGAAGAGAAUGCCUUUUCAGGAGUUCCCUUUAAGUAGUGUAACACCUGAUAGGCAGCAUGAAGAUGGGAUUCAGUUGGUCGAUGCAUGAACUGACUUAAGAGACUAACUACAUAUGAGAUGUCAGGUCUAGUGUGUGUGAGAUAUAUCAAUCGUCCAAUAAGACAUUGAUACAUUUCUCGAUCAAUACACUCCUCCCCUUUACCAACACUAAGUUUGUGGUUAGGAUUAAGGGGGGUGCUAGGUGGUUUGCAUGCAAACUUUCCAGUAUCCUUUAGAAGAUCUGCCACAUACUUUCGUUGAGAGAUGAAUAUGCCCUUAGAAGAAUGAGCCACUUCAAUGCCUAAAAAAUAUUUAAGACAACCCAAAGUCUUGAUAUUAAAUUCUUUGACAAGAUAUUUGCUCAAAUUUCCUUGUUCAAUGUCAUCACUUCCAGUAAUUAUAAUGUCGUCAGCAUAAACUAGAAGUAUAGUAACUCUCCCUAAUGAAGUAUGCUUGAAAAAUAAUGUGUGAUCAGUAGAAAAUCUCCCAAAUCAUACACAUGGAGAUUGUUUCAGUCCAUACAACGGCUUUCUUAGUCUGCAAACAAUGUUUGAUGAUAAACUUCCUCCAUAACCAGGUGGAUAAUACAUAUAUACUUCAUCAGUAAGAUCUCCAUGAAGAAAGGCAUUCUUCACAUCAUAUUGUUGAAUAUUUCAACUAAAAAUAGCAGCCAAUGAUAAAAUAAUUCUGACUGUGUUCAUUUUUGUCACAGGAGAAAAAAGUUUCAUGAUAGUCAAUUCUAUAAACUUGUGUAUAUCCUUUAACUAAGAGUCUGGCCUUGUACCUUUCAACUGAUCCAUCAGCAUUGCAUUUUAUAGAAUAAACUCAUUUACAGUCAACUGCCUGUUUAUCCUUAGGAAGAGGUACCAAUUCUCAUGUAUUAUUUCUCUCAAGAGCAUGCAUCUCAUCAUCCAUGGCUUGUUUCCACUCUUUCUUGGAGAGAGCUUCUGAAAUAUUAACUAGAAUGGUAAUAUUAUCUAAGGUAGCAAGGAAGGUUUUAUAAGAUGGAGAAAUUUUAUGAUAGGAAAUAAAGUUCGCUGAAGGGUAUAAUGGGUAUUUUGUACAGGCUCGUGGAAGUUUCUUAAGGGCAAUAGGAAGGUCAUUGGAUUGGGGACUAGUAGUAUUUUCUAUAGGGAUGAAUGUGGUUUAUUGGUCAUUAGUUAAGGUCAAUUCGGAGUCUUGGGGUGAUCCAGAAUUUGGAGGUACUCAUGUUCCUGAAUAAACCUGACCAAAUCUGAGUUUUUCAAGAAGUGGAUCAGGAAGAGAUGGACUUUGGUCAGACACAUGAAUUGGUAGAAUAAUUUGACCUGAAGGAGAAGAAACUCCUUCUGGAAAAAAAUCAAGUAAAGGUGGAAAUGGCAAAGAAGUGUCUUGUGAGUUUUUCUGGAAGUAAAAACUGAUUCAUAAAAGGUGACAUCCAUAGUUGUAAAGAAUUUUUGAGUUGGUGGAUGAUAACAUCAAUACCCCUUUUGAGUUGUUAAAUAUCCAACAAAUAUACAUUUGAGGGAUCUUGGAUCUAAUUUACUUUUAGCUGAAUUGUGAUUAUGGGUGAAUGAGACACAUCCAAAUGCGAGGCCCUAAUGAGAUAUGGUGAUGAUUAAGAGGGAAAUAAGAAGCUAACUUUUCCAUAGGACUUUGGAAACACAAGGUUCUAGUGGGAAGACGAUUUAUUAAAUGUGUUGCUGUUAAGAGAGCUUCACUCCAAAAAAAAUUGAGUGCACCUGCCUGAAAAAAGAGUGAUCAUGUAACUUUCAAGAGGUGUCGAUUUUUUCUUUCUACAAAUCCAUUUUGCUGAGGAGUAUAACACAUGAAGACUCAUGUAUAAUACCCUCAGCAUGAAGAAAAGAAUUCAGAUCAUUGCUAAAGUAUUCCUUAGCAUUAUCUAACUUGAAUUUUGUUAUAGGAUUAUCGAAUUGGAUUUUGAUCAUUGCACAGAAUCAUUUCAACGCAAUUGAAACUUCUGAUUUUUGCUUAAGAAGAACCCACAUGCAACGAGUGCAGUCAUCCACAAAGGUAACAAACCAUUUAUUACCUGGUAGAUCUACAUUGAGACAUGGUCCCCAAACAUCACUAUGGACGCAAGAGAAAGGGAUCUCACUCCUUUCGUUUCUAAUUGGAAAAGAAACACGAGUAUGUCUGGACGGUUCACAUAUGUCAAACUUAAGGGUUUUUACAGACACCUUUUGAAACAAGGAAGGACGAAAACUCUUCACAAUAGCAAAGGAAGGAUGGCCUAAUCUUUGAUGAAGGAGCUAAAUGUGAUUCAGAUCCUUGUGAUGUUCUAGAGAUAGAUCCGCUUCCACAAGACAGGUUUGGCUAGAUCCCUCCAAGAUGUAAAGUCCUCCUCGUACUCUAGCAACUCCAAUCCUCUGCUUCUGAACCUUAUCAAGGAAAACACAAAGGUCUUCAUCAAAGAAGGCAUGAUAAGAUGUGUUUUUAACAAGGCUUUUUACAGAAAUAAGGUUGGUGAAAAGCUUGGAAACAUGAAGAACUUUGGUGAGGAUUCCUAAAGGUUCAAGAGUCAAGUCUCCAAUACCAGUGACCGUAAGAAGUGUACCAUCAGUAGUAAACACUUUCCAGUCAUUAGAACAUAGGGUGUAGGUAAGAAAAUGAUAUGACAAAUUUGUCAUAUGAUCUGUUGCUCCUGAAUCUAUUACCUAACAUCCAGUAAUAUCUUGGGAUGGAGCUCAAACACCAAGAGAAGAGUGUUACCAUUGCCUUCAAUUGCUCUAAUUCAAGGUGAAGUUUCUCUACUUCGCUUGAUGGAGUUGACUCAAUAUUUCUUGGGUCUGUUUGUUCAAACUUUUGAUUGGAUGAAGAAUCAAUCACCAUGUGAGCUUGAUUCACUUGAUUCACUUGAUUCUCAUAACUCUGUGGUUUGCCAUGGAGUUUAUAACAUCGCUCCUUGGUAUGACAAGUUUUCCUGCAAUAAGUGCACCAGAGAUUAUCUCUAUAAUCAUUUUUCUGGCUCUUCCCUUGCACAGAUGAUGAUUGAUGGUUCGAAUAUUCUGUUGAUUUAAUGGUAUGUCCUGGUUUGGCUAAAAAUGCUGUAUUACUCGACUUUUGAGUAGACAGCAUCAAUUUUUGACGACUCUCUUCAUUCUGUACAAUUAACAUCACCUCAUUCAGAUCUGGUCUCCUUUCACGUUUUAGAAUUUGUUGUCUGAUAUGAUCAAAAACAGGACUUAAACCAGCCAAAAGUUUAAAGACCAGCCUUUGUUCUAUGAAAUUUUGUAAUGUAGAAAUUUCUUUGGGUCCUUUAGUCUCAAGAUCAAGAUAAUAAUCAAGCUCCAACCAUAGAUUUUUAAGUUCUCUUGUGUACUCCAUCACUGAUUUUGAACCUUGAGUAAGUGAUUGAGAUUUUAUCUCGAUUUCAUAUAUGUGUGACUUAUUAUUUUUCAUUGAACAUUUCAUGUAUACUGUUCCCCGCAAAUCUUUUGCAGUUUUCAUAAUGAAAAAAUCUCUACUGAUAUGGGGAAUUAUUGUUCCCUAAAUCCAUGUCAUUAUCAAAACAUCCUCCUCUCGCCAUUGUCUAAAUUGUCUUGACAUUGGAUCUGGUGUUGUUUCCUCUAGAUGAUGUAGCAUCCCUCUGCCAAUAAGAACUUCCUUAAUAUAUUCUGACCACUGGAUGAGAUUAUAUCUAGUCAACUUAAAUUAUGUAGGCAUGGCACGGAGUUCAAUCAUCAAUCUUGAUGAUACAGGAUUAACUUCCAUAAUGGUGGUAGAGAUGUCACCUACUGAGGUCUCUCCUCCUUCAGACAUGAAUAACAACAAAUCGAAACAGGGACAACUGCUUACUAAGUAGAAAAAAAAACGUAAUUCUUAUACGUCUUCAAAGGAAAAUCAAGAAAUGUCUUGAGAAGGGCUCAAGGAACUAUAUUGAUCUUCUAAGUCCUCAAGAAGAGGCUCACAAAAACAGCAUAGAUCUCUUAUAAAGAAAGAGAUAAUAAGAAAGGAGCAAUCACACCUGGAUUUGCUUUGAUACCAUGUUGAAUUUCCUCUAGUUUGUUCGUUUCUUGAAGAACGACAGAUCUUCUCGUGGAAGAAAAAAAAAAGGGCUUCUAUUCACCACAUGUCAGGAAAAAAAAUUCAAGAAGACACUUUACAUCAAAACAGAGGUCUGUUAUUUAUAACAGAUCCAUGGGAGAAAGUUCUAGACAUAGAGCCUUACAUCCCAAGACAUGCAGGUGAUGUUCACGUGCUUCUUUAAGUGAAGCACGUGAUACACCUCACCCAACUGCUAAUGCAGUAUUUACAUUAUAUUUCAACAGAGAGAGAAAUUUAGAGAAUAGUUUCGUUGGAUAAGUUUGCAAUGCUGAUAAACAGAAUGAAUCUAGCCAUGGCGGCUGUGAUUUACAUUAUGAACAAAUGAGACCCAUUUUAACAAUCCUUUGGUAUAGAAAAUAUCAAAUAUAAUGUUGUAGGAUUCAAGGAAAUAGCAUGGUAAUUUAUGAUUAGUGACAGGAAAUUAUAAAAAAGUUAAACCUGCCUGGCAUCAGCCUUCUAAAAUAUGUUUUCAGCUUUUAAACCAAUGAAAACUUAGAGAAGGAAACCUUCCAGACUCCCAUGAAGCUGCUUAUCCAUCAUCAUCCCCCCCCCUUCCAUUUCACCACAUGAUAUCCUCUUAGUAACCAUGCAUAUAUUAUGUCUUAGAAACAUCUCAUUUACAUUAAAAAAAUAUCAUUUUAUUUCAACAGGCGCUGGAAACAAGCGAAUUCCCAGGGUCUGCGAAGUAUACCAGCUUAGAGUCCCAAAUUACCUUGAUUCUAUCAGCUUAUCAAGUUAUAUUAGUUUAUUAUAUGUGGCUAAAUCCACUUACUUCAUUGCCUGACGGUUGGUAUCUGAUUAUUUUGGCAGCAUUAUGAACCUUUUUGGAGUUCUGAAGUUCAAAAAGAUGGGGGAGGACUUUGUUCGCAGUUCUGGCCUUCCCUUCACAAUAAUCAGGUUUUCUACAUGUGUGAAAUUCCCUUGAUACGUGCUCGUGGGCUUUCCCCAUUCUCAUUUCACCUUCAAAAUUUUUAAACAUUUGACAGGGCUGGUAGACUUACUGAUGGACCCUACACUUCAUAUGAUCUGAAUACCUUGCUUAAAGCAACUGCUGGGGAGAGGCGUGCAGUCAUUAUAGGACAAGGUGUGUGCAUUUAGAUUCGUGUAUCUUACCUGCUCUUUGUGUUUGAAAUAGAUACGAAGUAUAAAUGUUGUGGCAUAGAUGGUUGCAAAGGAAAUAAUGAUAUGAAGAGUGAGCAAGAUUGACUUAGUUAGGCCAUUUAUGGGAAGAUAUACAAUCAGCAAUCGUGAGACUUUUCCUAAAACUAUGGAAGUGUGAUCAUGAUCAAGACUCAAUGCAAUAAUUUAUUUUUGCGAUACUUCAUGUUUUCUCUGAGUCAGUUAUUCCUCAUUUUCUCGAUCUUGUUCGUAAGGUUUAUGCUUAUGAUCUCUUUCAUGUUAUUUUCUCAUCAAGAAACAACUUCCCAUGAGUUACUUCCCGCUUCCUGAGUGUCUUUCUUCAGUGGAAGAGUCUCUUUCUAUUUUCUUAUUCUUUUGUAUUAUUAUAUACUCCUAGGUAGAACAUUCUUGAGUUAUGAAAAAGGCAGGAGAAAAACACGGGAAUGCUGAACAUGACGGGUACAAUGCUAACUAUUUUCAGUGUCCUUCUGAAUCAGAAAGUGGGCCCACAUUCCGUUUACUUUUGGUGUCCGCUUAACUUGUAAACUUUGCGAAAUCAGAAAGCCAUCGGUUACCAAACUGAAGCAAUUAUACAGACCAGCUUUUGCUCCAUGCAUACCAAGAAGCAUCCCGAAGACACCAGAGAAGAGACAACCGAGCACUGACUUCGGAUUUAUUAUUCCUGAGGAUGCAUGGUGCAAGAUUUGGAGCUAGUUCUUGAAGCUGUAUUAUUUAUUUAUUUUUCUCUAUUAAUUAGUAAGGAAGCAACUUGUUCACACGGCAACUUGAUGUACCUCUCUUCCGCGUGAUCGUACAAUUGAAAACCAUUUUGUUUCGCGGUUGAACAGGUGACAAACUUGUGGGAGAAGUUAGCAGGCUCGUCGUUGCUGAAGCGUGCAUACAGGCUUUGGACAUCGAGUUCACUCAAAACCAGAUCUAUGAAAUCAACUCAGUGAAGAAGGUACCGUCGAAACUGGAAUCUAUCCUCUUUCGGAGUGGAGACUGGAACCUCUUCCAACUUCCAUCUUCGCUUUUGCUCUUCUUCCUCUAAAGUGCGAGCUACGAACAGUCCAAGACCAAGUCCUUAGAAAACAGAGCAGAGGCUCAUUACACAUAUUUUUGUCUGUAUCUUGACUCGGUUGGUGUUCUGUCUUACUAAAUCCUUGUGUGGAUAAAAUGGACGGCCCUCUGCAGGGAGAUGGACCGGGAAGCGACUGUGAGAAAUGGAAGGAGCUAUUCAGGUCCGUCAAAUAG